AUGUUAGUACAAUUCUCCAACUUAUCAGUUACAGAUGAUAAUGAUAUUAAAGGUGAUUUUAACAGUAGCUUUAAGGAGCAAUCUAAAGUAUAAAAUCAGUAAUCACUUCAAUCUUUAACUUCAACUCAAAAAUAAAUAAUUAUGACAAAAACAUAUCCUAAAAUCACAGAACUAAUUGAAAAAAACUGGAAACUUAAAGAAAUCACUAAAUAAUAAGUUUUUGGCUUUAAAUUUUAAGAAAUAAAUCAAGAGAAUAUCAUUGAAAAUAAAAUAGCUUCAAGAUAUAAACUCAGACAAAAUAGAAUGUCAACCUUACAUAAUGAUAAUUACUACUAUUAAGAAUAUUAUAUGAAUGGACAGCUCAAUAAAAGUAAAACAUAAAAAUACCAAGAUCUUGAAAUUGUAUUCGAGGAAUAGUAUGAGUUCAACUUGACUAUUAUUGAUUAAAAUUAACUUACAAAGCUUUAGUAAUUAAUUGAAGACGGUUUUUAUUUGAUCCAAAAGAAAUAUGGGAUUCAAGAUUUUCAAUUAAACCUAGACUCAGUAUUUCCUAGCAUUGACUACAUAUUAUAUUGCUUCCUUCAUGAAGUUAAAAACCCUUAUGAAAGUAGCAAAUAGAACAAAGAUGUGAUAAAAAUUAAACUAGCCUAUAAUUACUUGAUUGAUAUUUGGGCCUUAUUUGAUUUCUCUCAUUUCAAAAAGGUGCAAUUGAUACUGAAGUUGCAUGAUGGGAAUGAUCACUAGGACAUUAUGAUUGAAGAUGUUUUACAUGCUUUUGAAAUUAGUGAGUUAAUAAAUUUAUCAUGA